AUGGACAAAAAACCAUUUGUGGAGCUUGUGGACGUUAUUAAAAACAAAAAUAAACGGACUGAUUUGAUUGAUGACUUUGGCGAGAAACGAGGACACGAUUGCGCGCGAUUUGGGGAAAGAUCGGCUCUGCCUGCGGAUACCACCAAUCCGGAGGCGGCCGUCUUAUCCGACGACGACAUCAGCAGCUGCUCAAGUGCAGUUGAUGAGCCCCGCAAGGGGAAAGGGACGGGUGGGUCAACCAUGGACCCGAAAUCGCCGGUGCUUAGCGGCAAGCACCGGUGGUCGAAGGAAAAGGUGCCUCCCAAAACAUACAGGGCCAUGACUGGGGGCAGCUCGGAGAGCAUGGCGAGAGGCCUGCGAGGGCCUAUAGUAGGGGCAGCUGUGCCCAUCUCGGAAACGGAAUCCGACUGCUCGGGGAUGGAUACAGCUGUCUCCUACUCGGACGGAGAUCUGGCCGCUGGCGACAAGCGGCGCAAAAAACGGAGGGCCCCGGAGGCGGGGAGCAGUGAUGAGUCAGGAGCAGGCUCAUCCAUCGCUGCGGCUACUCCGAACCGUGCAGCCAAGCGCGGCAGGGGAAGGCCGCCCACCACCGGGCAUUACGUUGGUUUGGCCAAGGCGAAGGAGGCCUUGGUCAAUGCCCGAAGAGCGGAGCUUGAACUCCUGGACGAAUCGGAGGUCCUCGAGUCGACUAGGGAGCUUGCGGCAGUGCCUGCGGACUGCCUUGAGAGACGGGUGGAGAGCGGCGUCAAGGUCAUCCUUGACGUUGCUCGUAAAUCCAAGAACCUCAAGGGCACGUUCGUAAACGCCCUGAAGAAAGCCGCCACGCAGAUUGAACAGGCUGUGGCGGCUUUAACGGAGAGGACCUCCGAUGAGGAAGUCCGGGUUCUGCGUUCUGAGAACGCAGAACUGCGGAGAAGGGUGGAGAGCCUCAGCGAGGAGAUGAUCAAGCUCCGCGAGGACCUUGCGCGUCUCUCCGCUGAGAACUCCCGCGCCAAGGCGCCCGCAUCCCAGGAGGAGGGAAGGAGUGAGGCGGACCAGCGGUCGGCCAUACUGUCCGACAUCGAUCAUAUGAUCGAUAUCAAGUUGGCCAGGCUGGAAAACCGCCUCCUCCCACCGUCGGCGUUCCGUCCGCCGCUGCAAGCGGACCUGAAGAAGCCUGCUCCGCAGGCGAAGGGAGCUCAGCCACAGGCUACAAAGGCAGCCAAACUCCCACCUGCCAAAGCCCCUGCCGCCAAGGCAGCCAAAAAGGCUGCCCCAGCAGCAGACCUUCCCACCCCAGCGCCCACACGUGGCGAAGCGACCCCCUUGCAGGGAGCGCAGCCACCUGCGGAGACGUGGAGCGACGUGGUGCGAAAAGGGAAAGGCAAGAAGGGGAAGAAGAAGGCGCGCAAAGCCGAUGCCACUCCCGCAGCCCAGACUGCGCCCAGCAAGCCUCCGGCGAGCCAUGUAGACACUACAAGGCCGCGCGGAAAGGCGAAGCCUAAAAAGGCGAGAGGCAGCGAAGAGGCAAAGGCUCUGCGCCCCCCUAGGUCGGCUGUGGUCACCCUGACCUUGCGUCCGGAGACGAUCGCCGAGGGAGUGACAUAUGCCCAGGUGCUCACCAGGGCGAAGAUGGGAGUGAACCUCAGACAGCUGGGAAUAGACGGCCUGCGCUUCCGUCUGGCUGCCACCGGGGCUCGAGUGCUCGAGAUCCCCGGAAAGGAGAGCGCGGACAAGGCCGAACUCCUUGCAGCGAAGCUGAAAGAGGUCCUCCCAGAAACCGUCAAGGUGGCUUGCCCG